UUACAACUGAGUGAAUCCCAUCACGUCUGCUAGGCGGCCAGCGGCCAUCGGUGUCACUCCGCCACUCCGGCCCCAUUCGACAGAGACAUCACCGGCAGCAGGUUAAUAAUGGCGCUUCGCGCGGCGGAGCUCCGGCGACUCCUCCUCCUCCGCGGCGGGGCGGUCCUCCCGCUCCCGCUCGCGUCGCGCUGCCGGCCGGCGAGCACGGCCGCCCGUGACGACGAGGGAGCAGGGGGCAACGCCUACGACGUGCUCGGGGUGGGAGAGACGAGCUCCUCCGCGGAGAUCAAGGCCUCCUUCCACCGCCUCGCCAAGGAGACCCACCCCGACGUCGCUGCCGCCGCCGGUUCCCGACGGUUCCUUCAGAUCCUCGCGGCCUACGAGAUCCUAUCCGAUUCCCAGCGAAGGGCGCACUAUGAUAGCUUCCUGCGCUCGCAGAGGCUAGUUAUACAGAAGCAUCCCAGGCCAUCGCAAUAUGUAUAUCCAUAUCCAUAUAGUUCAGGCAUUGUGAUGCCUAGAGAAAGUAAUGUUGUCGAGUGGCUUAAAUGGUACAGGCUUACUGUUGAUGACAUUGUUACAAAAAAGAGAAUCGCGACGGGUUCAGGUUAUUUCGAUAGACUUGAGAGUGAACUGUACUCUGCAGUCCAUGCUGCAUACUAUGGCCCCGAGGUUGAGUCCAUGGAUCUCCUUCCUGAUUGCUUUGAAGCCGAGGAGAGGUCUGUGUAUGAGACAUCUGAGCUAUUGCACCUUGUAUCUGGCCGUGAUCUGCUUGGUAUUGUCAGUCUAGUCGAUAGCGUCCGAGAGCGGUCUGAUGCUUGUCGUGAGAAGCUGACACAUUCUGGUUCUGCAACCUGCGGCGUUAGUCCAAAUGUUGCAGUAAACGGGGAGAAAUGUUCAAUACCUAGGCAUGCAGAUAUUCACAAGCAAGAGAAUGAGGAUAGUGACAGUAUCCCAUCAGAUGCCUACAAGGACAUUGAAUUGCAGAUAUGUGGGAGAGUAGUGGCCACUGCAAAUAGGAGGCUCAAGUGCAAUUGCAUUGACAAUUCAGACAUGGAAGAUCACAUACAUGUAUUUCUUGUUCCAAAUGAGGUGGUUGCACCUGAUGUGAUGCAAGAGCAUCUCCUCCUUGGAACAAUCACUGGGUUAGACACCAGUGGAGAGGAAGGAUCUUGCUGUGUCUAUGAUGGCCAUGGAAUAAAGACCCAUGUAAUUGUUAAGCACAGGACACUGAUGGUUAAACACAUGCACUGGUAUCAAUUUGGAGAUGAAGUUUCACCCUGCGAGUGUCGAUGUAGCAGGGCUCGGUUGCCACCCAGCAGGUUUUGGCUUUUUGAGCCACGGUGUUAUAUGCAUGACACUGGCGGUUGGUACAUCGAGACAUUUGGGAGAGACAAGAAAGGGAGGACAACUCCAUCGCCGAGACAUUGGCAUGGUGUCAAUGAACAUUCUGAAAACCAUGCUCUUUCAUCAUAUUCUGGCGUGGCGCCUGGCGAAGAAAGUGAGGUGCCAGUUUAAUGGCAUAUUAAUUUUACCACUAGAGCAGUAGACAACAGGUGGUGGCACUUGCUGGCUGUGCUAUAUUCGGCAAGACAAGGCAAAGCUGGCUGAGCUAUUAUUAACAUCCUAAGGUAGUAUGCCACUUCGAAAGUCAUUGCAUUCUCCGCUGCUAUAAAAGUUUGGUUUUUAGCAUUUCUGGAGUGCCUAGGGUUAGGUUUAUCUAUUUCCCUUCCCGCAAAAAAAAGGUUUAUCUGUUUCCCAAAGUAUAAUGAGUUUUUUUUUCGACAAAGGGUGGAUUCAAAGUAUAAUGAGUACAUAAAGUAAUAUGUCUGAUGGCAAGUGCUGUUCCCAGGGAAAGUCUUGUGAAUUCCAUCAGGAGUGAACUGACAGUUGUAAGUUUA